AUGGUUAGGACCAAAGGAUUAGGUCGUGUCUUAGGUCACGUUACUGGCAGAGGAGAUUGUGAUGAUUCUGAUGAUGCUUCGCAGCGUCAACGGCCUAUUGCAUUCGCACGGAGGCAGCGAGUACCUGUGACUGUGGCGCACGAUGAGCCAGUGCUCCCUACGCCAGAUGUAGAGGUUGACGUAUUUCCGGAUGACCCGAUGGCACCAACUGAUGAGCGACCUGAGUUGAAGUUAUCCUCUCACGGGAGGAAGGUCCAUAGUUUAGGCAGGCCUGUCCCUGCCAUUGAGGGACUAGUUGCUGGGACAGGACUAAGUCCUUUGAUCGUGUGUUCGAUAGACACUGGCGAUCGGGGACUUUUGUCCUCCUUUGUCGAGCGGUGGCACUGGGAGACGUCUAGUUUCCAUCUCCCUGUGGAAAAGGUGAUGAUCACGCUGGAUGAUGUCUCGUCGCUUCUGCAUCUGCCCGUGGUUGGCGACUUGCACGCCUUUCAGCCCUUGCACGUGGAUGAUGCGGUUCAGAUGCUGGUGGACUUAUUGACGGUGUCUACAGAGGCUGCUAGGGCUGAGACAGGGCAACCAAUGUUCAUAUUGUGUAUUUGGAGGCCCUUCGUGAUCUCAGUUAGACCGAGAGGCUACGACGAGGAUUCACCGCGUGCCUGUAGGUGGAUUGCUACGAAGAAGACCGUGAAGAAUAUACAUACACCGACGUACAGGGAGCGCCUGGACCGACUCCGGAUGUCUGUUGGAUCCCAUAUGGGGAGCACCGACCGGUCCGGGACUUCCAUAUGA